CUCGCCUCGGCUGCAGCUUCCGCCGCGGGCAACCUCCUAUUGCGCGUACAUAGACACAUACACACACACAUCACCGCAUACCAGCCCGCCAACGUCCGUCAUUCUGCAUCACCACCACCGUCCGACAUCGCAUCGCAUCGCAUCGACGUCCCGAGACCUGGAGACGCGCAUCCGUGCAGCCCUGGGGCCCUGUCGUCCCGCCGUGUUGCAGCCCAGCUGGCGGCUUUACCGCUAGUCCGCUGCCUGCGAACUGACACGCGCGUCUGCAGUGCCCUGCGCACAGCCACAUGUCCUGUCUCACCUCCGCGCGCCCAACCCAACCCCAAACCUGACCCGUCCAGUGUGGUCGCCUAGUGCAGUCUGUGUGGCGACGACGACGACGACACUUGCUCACCUGCCUCCCCACACCCAGCCGAGCGGGGUACCAUGGGCGUCAUCAAGAAGAAGACAGGUGCCCGCGGUACCGAGGGCGGCACAAAGUAUGUUUGCGACGUCUGCUCGUCCGACAUCACGUCAACGGUCCGCAUUCGCUGCGCCGAGGAAGUAUGCCACGAGUAUGACCUCUGCGUGCCAUGCUUCGCCGAGGGCAAAGCCACAAAAGACCACCAGCCUGCGAAGCACAAGUUCAAGGUCAUCGAGCAGCAUUCGAUUCCUAUUUUUACCGAGGACUGGGGCGCCGACGAGGAGCUGGCUCUCCUAGAGGGAGCAGAGACGUAUGGCCUAGGUUCCUGGGCAGACAUUGCUGACCACAUUGGCGGCUUCCGCGAAAAAGACGAAGUGCGAGACCACUACAUCGACACGUACUUAAACAGCCCCAGCUUCCCCCUGCCGGAACACUGCAGCAAGGAUGACACCGAGCUCAGCACUCGCAUACCGCGUCACGAGUUCCAGGCGAGGAAGAAGCGGAGAAUCGAGAAGAAGAAGGAAGAGGCUGCCAGUCGCGAGCCCGAGGCUCCCAAGCAGAAACCCACGGCCAGUGUCCCCGCAUGUCACGAGGUCCAAGGCUAUAUGCCAGGUCGUUUGGAGUUUGAGACGGAGUAUUUCAACGAGGCAGAAGAGGCGGUUCAGCACAUGCAGUUCGAGCCGGGCGAUGGCAUCAAUCCCCGCACCGGCGAGAUUGAACCCGAAAUGGAGCUGAAGAUGGUCAUUAUGGAAAUCUACAACCACCGCCUGGAUGCACGUGUGGAGAGGAAGAAGAUUAUAUUCGAGCACCAGCUGCUCGAGUAUCGCAAAAAUCAACUGGCAGACAAGAAGCGCACAAAGGAAGAGAAGGAUCUCAUGAAUAAAGCCAAGCCUUUUGCAAGAAUGAUGCUACACGCCGACUUUGAGCAGUUUUGCAAAGACCUCGAGUACGAGCACAAUCUGCGACAGGCCAUCUCACAACUACAGGAGUGGAGGAACAUGCAGAUUACCAGUCUCAAGGCUGGCGAAAAGUAUGAGCAGGAAAAGCAGCAACGGCAGACCAGGCCACCGCCCAUUGGCCAGUUCGACCGUCUCGCGUCCAGUAGGAUGGCAAAGCCCCAGCCUCCUUUUGAGCAGCCAUCAGCCGCCACUGCAUUGCUUGCGCAAGAACUUCCCCUGCACGUCAAACAGAGCAGCGGAUUGAGUACACCGCCGCCAGAUUGUGCCCCCAACAAUACUAAUGGUGUUAACGGCACCAAUGGAGUGACGAGCCCCCAGUUUGCAAAGACCAAAUUUGUACCUAAGCCACUUCCUAACACAGUGCCUCUGAAGUUUGGCAAAGAGUCAAAGGCAGAUCUUCAAUUGCUUAAUGCUGAGGAGGUAGAACUGUGCAGCGUCCUGCGCAUCAUGCCGAAACCAUAUAUCGCGCUCAAGGAAAUGGUUCUUCGUGCGGCCCUCCUUAAUGGCGGUGCGCUCAAGAAGAAGACGGCCAAGGAGAUUUGUAAGAUUGAUACCAACAAGUCAUCGCAGUUGUUUGAAUAUUUUGUGCAUAGCGGGUGGAUAGCACGGGCAUAGGAGGUACCUGUUGAGUGAGAGGAGGAGAGGGAUGAUGGUGAGGAAGAGGAUGCAAGUCAUAUGUACGAGGAGAGAGAGGACAAUGAUGAUCUGUAUGAGGAGGUAUCGGGCGAGGAGGAUCCAGCUGCUGAUUAGAUGGCGUCUAGGUAGGGUAUACCCUGGUCACGGGAGGCGUUGUAACUUCGUACGUAGAUGGCAUUACCGCUUGCACAUCAUUUGUUGAAUACACAUUAUUCAUACGCCCUCCAAAAGGCGCUCAACAGACUCACGAUGCGGCCAAUGUCGCGA